AUGUCAGCAUACUUUGGAGCAAUUUCACUUGACAAGCUCGCCAAUACUUUGAACAAUGCAGCACAGAAGACGCAACAGAAAUUGAGCGAGACCCAAGAACAUCUCACGCAUGCCAUUCAAAACAUCAAAAUAGAUGACCCUAAGACCAUCUUAUCCCUGAAGACACGCAAAAGGCAACUGCAGGAGACGUUGGGCUCUGCAAAGGAUAUCUCGCAGCUGCCCCCUCAGUACGGAUUCUUGGAGAGGAAAUGCGAUGCUAUUGAACAGGUAUGCAAGAAGAUUUUGGUCGUCAGCAAGACUUUUGAGGUAGAGGGCUACGACUACCCCCCCAAUCCAACAGAAAGCAUAUCUGACUGGUGGAACACGUCUACGAAGGAGACCAGAUUCCUAAAGUUCGGUAAGGGAGGAACGGACAAGCAAAAGGAGGACAAACAGAAGCAGGCAGCUGGCAGCUCCGAUCCUCCGUCGUUUGCCCAUGCACUCCACCGCGCGGCGAAGGGCUCACAGGGGAUAAUCCAGGAGCUGAAGGAGCAAGCGGAAGAGGAACAAGAGCAGGAGGUAGAAAUCGACGAAGAUGUCGAGUCGCUAAUUAAGAUGUUUGGAACCUGGGCCGACGCACAAUACAAUAUGGACAUAGCUAAGCGGGAAAUGGACCAGUUCAUGGUGAAGGAGUUCAACGAGAAACUGAAACACCUGCUGGAGGUGGAAUUUAAAAAAGGCCACACGUUGCGCAGAAAAGUCGAGGAAUCACGGCUAACAUUUGACACCUUGAAAUACGAGCAGCACGAACGCGAUGCAGCGCUGGCCAAGAAGCAGGACGAAGCCAAACAAGCUGAGGGCGCCACUCCCUCCACCGGUGUUACUCAGUCUUCCACAGCAGACCUGGCUUUUUACGCACAGCUAGAGGACGCCGAGGACGAGUUUGUUUCGAACACAGCUGAAGCCGUGGAGUUCAUGACCAGCAUCGCAGACGCUACAAAGCUAAUAUCCCUGGUCAAACUCUUCCAGAACUUCCAACUGGUGUACCACAGAAAAUGCGUUCAGGAACUGGAGGUAAGCCUUAAUAGUCUGACAUCGCUAGAAGAGUCGAACUAA